UUAGGCGGCCACUUUUGCCUUGCCUUGAUAAUUUUUAUGCGCUGAUAUGAUAUUUGUUUUUUCCAAAAUGGGAGACUUAUUUUUCUGCGUACUACAUUUUUCUUACUUUGUAUCUAAUAGGUUUUUCGUUAGGUCAGGGGUUACUGAUCAUGAUGUAACACCUCCCCCCUUAAGAUAGGGCAUAUGCGUAGCAAUGCCCACACAUGUCCGCAUGUGUUUUUGACUCUGUUUUUGUUUUUGUAAAAAUUUCUCCGUUUCUUGAUUUAUCUGGCUCGUUUCGUUUAGUAUAUAAGCACUUGGUUAAACAUAUGAUCUCUCAGACUGUGUUUUAGUGUGAUUUGGUGAAUUCUUCCUUUCGGUAAGUGUUUGUGAUUUCUCUCUUAUACUUUCCUUAUGAAUAUUUUAUAAUAAGUAUAUUUAUGUAGGUGUGUAUCAUGAAUAAUUAUUCGAAUGUUAGUAUCGUUUAAAUUUUCGUGAUUCCUUUUCUUCGAAGGCUUACUUCGUGUCUCUCCUCAUUUCUACCUUGUCUCUGUACUCUUUUCCUUUCUAAACGUAUUUUCCCCUUUUUAGAUUACUAACAAAUAUGCCAAAUAAACGUAUCUGGACUAUGGCGAAUCCUGAUGCCAAUAUUGCGUAUUGUGAAGAUGCGGAUUUCAUCUAUAUGAGAAUAACUCGUGAUGAUUAUGCUGGUCCGGUUGAAAAUGUAUGGGCCGUUCCUUUUAUGAAGCGGCUACACGAAGUAUGGAGACGACGAGCUAUCUGUCGUCUGUCAGUGUUGAAGCUGUGGCGCGAAGAUGCUAUCAGUAAAGAUUUUGAUGCUUGGUCGCUUGAGCACAUGCCUGGUGACCUUCUAGGGCUGCGGCGUUUAUUUUCCAUGAGUCCAUUUCCGGGGCUGGUUGAAGAUGUGUCCUGGGAUCACCUAUGGGCUCAACUUGGGCCUCAGUGGUAUGACGAUGUGGCAAAUGUAAGAUAGGAAAAAAAACUUGGAAGAGAAAGAAGAUAAUAUAUUCUUUCUAAUUAUGUAUAUUGUUGCGAGUUAUUAAGGCGUCGUAUUAAAGCGCAUAUCGCAGUUUUUCCCUUGUA